AACGAGGAAUAGAAUAAGUGAAGAAAAUUUUCUUAUAUAUUUUUAUACAACAACAAAAAUACCCAAAAAAGUGUGAUUAACAAGAGAGUUUUUAAGGUUGACUGCAAAAAAAAAAUCGUACAUCCUCUGUAAGAGCGCAUUAAAUUACCGCGAAAAAGACAAAAAGAAGCCAAGGAAAUAACAACGUUUACAAUAAUCAUGGAUGUUUUUCUGAUGAUCCGAAGACGUAAAACAACCAUCUUUACUGAUGCGAAGGAAAACACCACAGUAGCCGAAUUGAAACGUAUGCUGGAGGGUAUUCUAAAAGUAAGACCUUUGGACCAGAGGCUAUUUAAUAUAGAAAAUGAUGUUAUGGAUGAUGAAACAACUUUACAGGAUAACGGCAUCACAGUGUCAACGGCAAAAGCACAGGCCCCAGCUCAAUUAGGUUUAGUGUUCAGAACCGACGACGGUGAUUUUGAACCAUUGGAAAUCACAUCGUACUCAUCACCACCCGAUUUGCCUGAAGUUAUGAAAAAUCAAGAGGCAGCGAACGGCAAAGAACAAGUUGCAUAGAUAAAUUUUUAAAUAAAAAUAAAAGAAAAAAGAAACUAGCCGAAGGAAUAGAAGUCUCAGCAUCACUUACAGCACUUGAAAAACUAACAAUAUUUUCAAAAAAUUAAUUCUUGCAAUACGAAAGAGAGGGAAGUACUUACCAAUAGAAAAACCUCAGAUGCAAAAGAAGGGAAUUUCGGACAGCACCACCUUGAAAGGAUUCAAUUAAACUCUGCAAUCCAUUGUCUUAUACUUAUAAUGCUCUC